GCCAUGGCCUCUCUAAAAACUGUUGUUUCAUCUCUUUCUCUUCUUCUCUUCGCUUUAAUCCUCUGUUUCUCAACCGUCCAGUGCUCCAACACCAUCGGCAAAGGCUACCGUUUGAUCUCAAUCGAAGAAUCUCCAGACGGUGGUUUCAUCGGCUAUCUCCAAGUCAAGCAGAAGAACAAAAUCUACGGCUCAGAUAUCACCACCCUCCGUCUCUACGUCAAGCACGAGACGGAUAAUCGUCUCCGUGUUCACAUCACGGACGCGAGGAAGCAACGAUGGGAGGUUCCGUACAACCUCCUCCCACGAGAACAGCCACCGCCGGUGGGGAAAGUCAUCGGAAAAUCCCGAAAAUCUCCGAUUACAGUCCAGGAGAUCUCCGGAUCGGAGCUGAUUUUCAGCUUCACCGCAGAUCCAUUCAGCUUCGCCGUGAAACGGAAAUCCAACGGCCAGACUCUGUUCAACACGAGCUCCAACGAAGCUUUCGGAGAAAUGGUGUUCAAAGAUCAAUACCUCGAGAUCUCGACCUCGUUACCCAAAGACGCGUCGAUCUACGGAUUAGGGGAAAACUCUCAGGCCAACGGGAUCAAGCUGGUUCCUAACGAGCCGUACACUCUCUACACGGAGGAUGUAUCGGCGAUUAACCUCAACACCGAUCUGUACGGUUCGCAUCCGGUUUACAUGGAUCUGAGGAACGUCGGAGGCAAGGCUUACGCUCACGCCGUUCUGCUUCUCAACAGCAACGGCAUGGAUGUGUUCUACAGAGGAACUUCUCUGACUUACAAAGUCAUCGGAGGAGUUUUCGAUUUCUAUUUCGUCGCCGGACCUUCGCCUCUCGACGUCGUUGAUCAGUACACUUCUUUAAUCGGACGGCCUGCUCCGAUGCCGUACUGGUCUUUAGGAUUUCACCAAUGUAGAUGGGGUUACCAUAACUUAUCAGUUGUUGAAGACGUAGUGGACAGUUACAAAAAGGCCAAGAUCCCACUCGAUGUGAUAUGGAACGAUGAUGAUCACAUGGACGGACACAAAGACUUCACACUGAAUCCCAUAAGCUAUCCUCGUGAGAAGCUACUGAAGUUCUUGGACAGGAUCCACAAGAUAGGAAUGAAGUAUAUCGUGAUCAACGAUCCUGGUAUCGGCGUCAACGCUAGCUACGGAGUAUACCAACGAGCCAUGGCCAACGACGUGUUCAUCAAGUAUGAAGGAAAGCCUUUCUUGGCUCAAGUCUGGCCCGGUCCGGUUUACUUUCCUGAUUUCCUUAACCCGAAGACGGUUGCUUGGUGGGGAGACGAAAUCCGCCGCUUCCAUGAGUUAGUCCCUAUAGAUGGUCUAUGGAUCGACAUGAACGAGGUUUCGAACUUCUGCUCUGGUUUAUGCACGAUUCCAAAGGGGAAGCAGUGUCCUAGUGGUGAAGGACCUGGUUGGGUUUGUUGCUUGGACUGCAAGAAUAUAACCAAGACGAGAUGGGAUGAACCUCCUUACAAGAUCAAUGCUACUGGAGUCAAAGCUCCUGUUGGUUUCAAGACGAUAGCCACUAGUGCUUUGCAUUACAAUGGUGUUCGUGAGUAUGAUGCUCAUAGUAUCUACGGAUUCUCUGAGAGCAUUGCCACACACAAGGCCUUACAGUCUAUCGAAGGCAAACGUCCUUUCAUUCUCUCCCGGUCUACUUUUGUCGGUUCGGGUAAAUACGCUGCUCAUUGGACCGGAGAUAACCAAGGAACGUGGCAGAGCUUGCAAGUGUCUAUCUCGACGAUGUUGAACUUCGGAAUCUUCGGAGUUCCCAUGGUUGGUUCAGACAUCUGUGGAUUCUACCCACAACCAACAGAGGAACUCUGCAACCGUUGGAUCGAAGUAGGAGCGUUUUAUCCGUUUUCGAGAGAUCACGCUAAUUACUACUCUCCAAGACAAGAGCUUUACCAAUGGGACACGGUUGCAGAAUCGGCUCGUAACGCUCUUGGUAUGAGAUACAGAAUCCUUCCUUUCCUCUACACUCUUACCUACGAAGCUCAUAUGACCGGUGCACCAAUCGCUAGACCGCUCUUCUUCUCUUUCCCUGAGUACACCGAGUGUUACGGCUCGAGCAGACAGUUCUUGCUAGGAAGCAGCUUUAUGGUAUCUCCGGUUCUUGAAAAGGGCAAAACCGAAGUAGAAGCUCUGUUCCCGCCAGGUUCUUGGUACCACAUGUUCGACAUGACUCAAGCCGUUGUGUCCAAGAAAGGGAAACGCGUGACUCUCCCUGCUCCGUUGAACUUCGUGAACGUUCAUCUUUACCAGAACACGAUCUUACCGAUGCAACAAGGCGGGUUGAUCUCGAAAGAAGCGAGAACGACGCCGUUUAGCCUCGUCAUUACUUUCCCGGCGGGUGCUUCAGAGGGAUACGCGACGGGUAAGCUUUAUCUAGACGAGGACGAGCUUCCGGAGAUGAAGCUAGGAAACGGACAGUCCACGUACGUUGACUUCUACGCUUCGGUAGGAAAUGGAACUGUGAAGAUGUGGUCACAAGUUAAAGAAGGGAAAUUUGCGUUGAGCAAAGGAUGGGUGAUUGAGAAAGUUAGUGUCUUGGGACUUAAAGGAACAGGACAAGCUUCUGAGAUUGAAAUCAAUGGAAGUCCGGUUUCGAACGAGGAGAAGAAGAUUGUGGUAAGCUCGAAGGAGCACAGUUAUGUGAUUGGAUUAGAAGAUGAAGGAGAAGGAGAGAACAAGAGUGUGAUGGUUGAAGUUCAGGGACUUGAGAUGCUUGUUGGUAAAGACUUUAAAAUGUCAUGGAAAAUGGGUAUUAGCGGUGCAAAUUAA